GCAUACAUAUAUAAUAUAAUAGUUUCACUGCGCGUAUCGUGCCAUUACACAAAGACACUCGGAAGACGUAUCCCACAAUGUCGACAGCCACGAUAAGACAUAUGAGCCCUGAAGACCUGGCUGAAGUCACCCGUUUGACAGAGGAAGAGUCGUGGAAUCUCAGCCAAAAGGUUGUUAGGACUCUCUUUGAAUACAGCCCAGAAGGAUCGUUCAUUGCUGAGUUGCAGGGGAAAGUUAUAGGUGCGGUAAUGGGGUUCAACCUGAGUGAAGAGGAAGCCUUUGGAGGAAUAUGGGUCGUCAGUAAGUCGUGGCGUGAGCAGCGUAUUGGUACAAGAUUGUGGCAGAGGGUAAAAGAGCACACUGGAGACAGAAACCUCUGCAUAUUCUCUGUGGCAGAAAGAGUUGGACCCAACAGAAGAUUAGGUUUUACAGUGGAAUCUUGGAAAAUAUGCCAUGUAGCAGGCAUCGUCGCAACAGAAAAGAUUACGAUGGCCGAAGAUUGCAUGGUAUCUGCGUUUCCUUCCCGUGAUGUGCAAUUUGAACGCCUGCUGCAAUAUGACACCAAAAUACACACAAUUAAACGUGAAAGAUUUCUAAGAGCUUGGAUUGAGGGGAAAUCGACCAUUACUUUGGUUGCUAUUGGCAAGACAGGAGAAAUCGUCGGUUAUGGCGUCAUUAAGCGCGAUUCCAACUAUACCAAUCUUGGUCCAGUUUACGGCGAAACUACCGCCAUUAUGAAAACCUUACUUUUCAGUUUAAUCGGCAAGACUACUUCUGGUGAAAUUAUUAGUACGUACGUGCCCAUUGGGAAUGAGAUUUUGCAAGAAUUACUGAGUGAGAAUAAAAGCACACUUAAAGUUGAUGACGAAUGUACUCGGAUGUUUUUCCAUCAUGAGGUGAAGGCUCCUGUGGAAAAGAUUUUCGCGAUUGCGUCACCAGACGGCAGUCAUUGCUGA